GAUCGAGCAAGCGAUGCUCGUGAUAUCGUGUGCAGCCUCAGGUGCGGCCCUCCGCGUGUGCAGGGCGCGCGCCCGGGCAGUGCGCAGGCCGCGGCCAGAGCCGGCCUGCAGCGGAGGCACGCUGCCGCUCCUUCGGCAAGAGGUACCCUCGUCGAUUACGCCCUGCGAUGACCGUGCAUGGCGGGCAAGCCCUGCACCUUCGGCGACGGCUGCGGCGGCGGCUCCAUGGCGGGCGCCGCUCUCGCGGGCGGUGAAGACGACCAGCACAUCCGGAUCGACUCGUUCGACGGCUCCCUGCUGCGCUGGACCGUAGACAGAAAGGAGUUCGGCAGAGUCCGGGGUGGCCUGACCGCCACGCAGGGCGACGAGAGGACGCGCGCGGCCUCCUCCUUCGAGGCCGCCGGCAGCUUCCGCGGCCUGCUGCACUUCGAGUGUGCUCGAUGGCUCCCAGAUGUCCUCGGGGUGCCCUUGUGGCCCCCGGAGCGCCGCUCUGACACCGCGAAGGCCUCCCAGCGCGAGGCUGCCCAGGUACUGGAGCUCACGGGCAGCGACGCGUACGCGUUGAUCCUUCCCCUGGUGCUCACGAGCUUCACCGCCAUCACGGUCUCGAACAGGCGGCCACGCCGAGGGCCCGAGGCAGCGCGGUGCGCCCGCGCGGUGCGCUCGCGCGCCGUCGUGUCGCGGCGGCGACCCCAGGCCUCCAGCGGAGCGUCCUUCCUGAGCUUCGGCCUCCGCGUGCCCUUCUGCGGCCCCGCUGGGCCAGCGAGGGCGAGGCGUGGCGCCGCGCGCUCUCUCCUGGCGAGACUGGCGCGCAGGGCCCUGCGCUUCGGCUUCUCCUGGGGGCUCAUGCGCGAGGACGCCGACCUGGAGGGGCUCCGCGCUCAGAGGCUGCACGCCGCCAGGCUGCCCGCCGCGGGGAGCGCGCCGUGCCCUGCGGCGCUGCGGCGCGCGGCGCGUGCGGCCCCGCGCGUGACCCGUGCCGCGCCGAGGGCGCCCCGCGCCGCCGUGCGCAGGGGGGAGGACGGCGUCCGCGUCCGCGAGGGCGAGGCCCGCACCUCCGCGGAGCUCCCGGCCCGCCUCGCCACGGGCUCCAACGUGGAGGAGGUGGUCGGAGGGCGCCGGCCGCCAUUACAAGCUGGUGGAGGGCUGCGGCCUGGGACCCGCCCAGGGCUGGGUGACCACCAGCCUGAGCGGAAGGCCCCUCCUCAUCCGCAAGGCGGAGGCACCGCCGCCCCCGGCGCCGACGCCCGCUCCGGAUCUCCAGCGCUCCAGCUACGCGGUCCGGCUGGCCGUCAACAUCCACGGGUGGAGGCCCGAAGGUUCAAGCGGCACGAGGACCAGAAGCGCGCGCUCGUGGCGCGGCUACUGCUGCGCCGGGCCAGCAUGCUGGCGCUCGGGCACAAGGACUUCGGCGGCCUGUCCAUCAGUCGGACCAAGGGCAGCAAGCCCUUCCUCCACUGCCCGCUGCCGCCCGAGGGCGAGGCGCCGAACUGGAACGCCAACGUCUCCCACGAGGGCGAGUGGGUGGUCUGUGCCAGCGAGCCGCUCUGCGUAGUGGGGGUGGACGUGGCCGAGCUGCGCCGCUUCGGGCCGAAGGGGAACCCCCUGGACUUCAAGAAGUCCAUGAAGGACAUGCUGACCGCGGCGGAGUGGGCGGAGGUGGCCAGUGCUGGGGAGGAUCUGGACUGCCAGUACGAGGUGUUCCAGAGGUUCUGGUCUGCCAAGGAGGCGUUUGUCAAGGCGCGCGGCGACGGCCUUCAGUUCGAGCUCGGGAGGGCGGAGUUCUCCUGGAGCCCGAUGCCGGGCUAUCCCGACAAGACGGCCUACCGGGGUACGGUGGCCGUCGACGGCGGCAGCAGGCCGCUGUGGGCCUUCGUCCAGCACAGGAUGCCCGGCGAGAGCCCGCACUGGACCACCGUGGCCCGCGGGCCGCUCGCGGACAUCGUGGACGCAAACGGGGAGUUCACGCGCACGCUGCGGAGGGCCCAGGCGAUGUUCUCCGACAAGGAGUGGUCGGAAGCGCUCAGUGCUGGCAGCCCUCCCUUCGACGUCGUGCCCGUCGGGGCUCUGGUCCCCGCGGGCGAGGUGGAGGCGUACGUUAGAUCUGGCGGCUCGGCUCCGUGA